CUACCCGGAGCAUCCCAGCCACCCCGCGCCAGCCGAGCCGGGUUGCCCUGACAACGUGGUGGGCGCGGGCGCGGUCCGGCAGGGCGCAUGCGCAUGCGCCGUCGCGGUGCGUCAUCUGAGUCGCCGGGCUGCUGCUCGCGGGGUCGCCGAGCCGAGGGCGGCCCGGGUCCCUCCUCGGCCAUGGCCCCCUCGCCCGCAUACCGGUCCCUGCUGUCGCCGCCGCCGCCGCUGCUGCUCCUGCUGCUGAGCGUGGUGCUGCUGGGCGCCCGCGCGGAGCCCUCGGUUGGGAGCGCGGUCCCUGCGCAGAGCCGCCCGUGCGUGGACUGCCACGCGUUCGAGUUCAUGCAGCGCGCGCUGCAGGACCUGCGGAAGACGGCCUACAGCCUGGAUGCGCGGACUGAGACUCUCCUGCUGCAGGCUGACCGCCGGGCCCUGUGUGCUUGUUGGCCAGCUGGGCGCUGACCACCCCAGCCCAUGCUGUCGUCUGUCAAUAAACUCUGCCCAUA